AUGCCUCGUUCCGCAAAUACGCCGAGAGCCACUGCACGGGUCGAGACCGAGAUCCGCAUCGUGGCUACAAGGCAUUUUUUCGAGUUCAAUCACGAUCCGAUGCGAGACUUCUACAGUCAAGCUGCAAGCCUGACGCUUAGCCAGUUGAUCAUGACAGAAAAACGAGUUGCACUGCAGGAACAGAACGCCAAGCUGCAUCAGCUUCUGCCGGCGAGGGGCGUGAUGAGGGGCGACGUUGGGGUUCGCGCCGAUCCGGAUGUAUUCUCACUCGUCAUGACACAGCCUUGGCUACCGUAUCAGAGAACAAAGGAUGGCAAGGUAGCAUUUUGGACAGCUUUCCUCCCACGAGAUGCAGUGAAUGUCGUCACUUCCCCUUUGACGGUACCUCUGGGCAAGCGGGUAUUCUACCCUGUACUUUUUCAUCUAGAUCGGGCAAUUCUCGAUGAAGAAGGACAGCAGGAGCUGCUCCAGCUGCAAGCAGGUGGUCAAGCCAGCGAUGACGAUCAUAGCAACAGCAACAAUCAGGCGGUCACUUCGUAG